CCUCCUCUAAAAACCAUGCAUAAUCGACGAAAACAAACCAACUCAAGAAUGUUGAAGAAGUGCUAAAAAUAUUCGAACUGUUUUAAAGUGGAUAGUUAAGUUUAUUUCGAGCUUUGAUUGGGGUUUGAUCAACCAGCUUUGACAGUUCACACGAGCCAAAAGAUCCAUAAUGAGCAGUGGAGCGGGCACUUCAUCAGGGGUUGGCGGCCUAAUGAAAUCCGUCUCGCUGUUUCUGUCAUCGGGACGCCGCGCGUCGCUCAAGGUGGGUGGCGGUGGUGGAGGGGGUAGAAAGGCGGGCACAUCAACCCCCGGAGGAGGGGCGUCCGUCCGGCGUGGUCGCAGCAGAACUACAGCAGUUUCGAGCAGUUGCACCGGCGGUCGAAUGGCGGACGGAGCAGCGGAGCAGCAGCAGCCGGGUGGCGCAGUUACGGCCCGGGCCGGCACUACAUCCUCGCAGCAGCCGACCAACAAGCUUGUAGACACUCUGCGAAGGCAGACACAUUUCUCAAGGCAAGAAAUCGACGCCCUCUGCAGAGUUUACAAGAAACUGGUGACUUCGGCUAGCAGUAGACGUCUACAGAGCAACAACGGUCAAAACAACAAGUCAUCCGGCAUUGCUUCUUCACAGGCUGCCAAUGAGGGCCUGAGCCGAGUUAUGUUCAGGGAGUUGCUGCACAAUACAUUCGAUGUGGUGACAGAGGAAGUGCUCAUGGAGAGAAUUUUCAGCGCUUUUGAUCGCCAGGCGGCCGGUUGGCUGCGAUUGGAGGACUGGCUGCUGGGACUGUCAGUGUUCUUGCGAGGCACCCUCGAGGAGCGAGCCCUGUUUGCGUUUCAUGUCUACGAUUUGAACAACGACGGCUUCAUCAGUCGUGAGGAAAUGUUUCUGCUACUCAGGAACAGCCUGGUGAAACAUCCGCAGGACGACGACCCGGACGAAGGCGUGAAGGACCUGGUGGAGUUGGCGGUGCGCAAAAUGGACGCAGACCGCGACGGUCGUCUGUCGCAGCAGGACUUCCGCGCGGCCAUCGCACAAGAACCACUCCUCUUGGAGGCAUUUGGACAGUGUUUGCCCACGCACACGGCUGCCAACACUUUCCUUGCUACUCUGCUCUGAGGAAGAGGAGGAGGAGGAGGAGUAUAGUUAUAGGAGGAGGAGUUGGAGGAGGUGGAGGAGGAGUAGGAGGAGGAGUAGGAGGAGAAAGAGGAGA